UUUAGAAAAUAAAGAUGCCUACUAAUAAGAAAAAGAAGAGGUCUAAGAAGAGACAGCUUAAAGAGAAGAAGAAGAUGGAAGAGGAACAGAGGUCUUUUGCAGACUUAUUACGAGAAAUUGAGGCUUCAGAAGCAAGGAAAGCAUCAUUAGAAUACCUUGAUACUUGGAAGAACGAUAAAGAAAACUGGAAGUUCUCUAAAACAAGAGAAAGAUGGCUUUGAAGAUCAAUGUAUUCAAUUGAAAAAGUUCCCACAAAGUCAUUCAAAAUAAUGAUUAAAUACCUUGAAGGAAUGUACAUGAACGACUUCAGGAAGCAUCUUAUCAACAUAGCAAGAGAAAUGGUUGAAAAUGAGUCGAAAAUCAAGUUGGAUAACAUUCAUGAUAAGCUAGACGAGGAAGAAAGAAAGUCAAUGACAUUGCUAAAAAAGAAGAGAGCUUUAAAAGUUUUAGAAAAACUUGAUAAAUAA